AUGGAAUACAGAAAAGGGGGUCUCCACCCUGUGAACUUCAAGGACAAACUCGGGGACGAGAAACAACUAGAGGUGGUGGCGAAGCUCGGAUGGGGCGCCUUCAGUACCGUCUGGCUGUGUCGGAACACCCGCGAGGAGAAAUGGUGCGCGGUUAAGAUCCUCGCGGCGGAGAAGUCUUCUGAAGACUGUCGCGAGCUACGAAUAAUGAAGCGAUUUCGCGACCGAGCGGAUCCCUCACACGUGCUGCUACCCACAGACAGCUUUUGGAUCCAGGGACCAAAUGGUCGUCAUUUGUGUCUGGUGAUGCCCGUCAUGGGUCCCUCGCUCGCGGACUUCAUGUCCCAGGGCGAGAUCGAACUGCCGAUCAUCAAGGAGCUUCUCUUCCAAUUGGGCCACAGUCUAAAGUACCUUCAGCAGCAAGGCAUCGUGCAUGGAAGCUUCAGACGCGUUAAUAUGCUUCUCGGACUGGAAGACAUCAGUCACCUAUCUCAGGAGGCGAUGAUCAUGAAGCUGGGAAAGCCACUGCGGGAGCGUGUCCGAACCGCUGAGGGGAAACCGCACUAUUUCCGCGCGCCAGAGUAUCUGAUCGAACAGGCUGAUAUGUCGUGUGUCGGCGUCAAGCCAGAGAUCGUUAUUGCCGACUUUGGCAUGGCGUUUCACCAUGACUACAGAUACACAGACGGGGUGAACACUACCCCCGAGGCUUACUUUGGCAAUCAGUUGAGUUUUAGUAGUGACGUUUGGGGGUUCGCCAUGUCGAUCGCCAAAACACGACUGCACUCGCUGUUAUUUUCUAAGCCGCCGAAUUAUGUUAAGAGUUUAGAGAUGCUGCUGGGUCCCCUAGAUCCGAUAUAUCGUGAGGCUUAUUUCAGACAACAGGAAGAAGAGACCGAGGAGCCUACAAAGGAGGAGGUGAGACGGAGAGGGCCUGAUGAGCCUGAUAUUUGGGUUAGUCGGAAAGUGCCGGAAAAGGAGGCCACUAUCCUUGCCGAUCUGUUCUACAAAGUCUUCAAGUACAAUCCUAAGGAGAGAAUUGACAUCGAUGCGGUCUUGCAGCACAGGUGGUUCAACGGA